CAAGUGAUAGUGAAGUUGAAUUAAUUAAAGAAAUAUGCAUACGAUACAACUACUCUACUAUCAUUCGUGGCUAAAAUUUCAUCUUCUCCACACUUAUCUCAUCAGCAUGGCUGCUUCAUUCCAUCUCCAAACCCUCCACAAAUCCCCACUCCUCCAAAAACCAUCUCCCAAACUCCCCAAACCCCACCUCCGAAUCACCACCGCCAAAUUCAACCUCUACGAAAUCCUCGGCGGCCGCGGCCUCUGCAACGGCGAGCAAGGCCUCCAGCAAGAACUCAAAAAAACCAUCUCACCCACCCCCCCUCCACCACCAUCUCCGCCGCCGCCGUCAGAGGCGGAAUCCCCACAAGUAUCAGAAGAGGGCUUCGAGAAGGAGCUCCUAGGGCUCACCGGCGGAUUCCCGGGCGGUGAAAAGGGGCUGAAGAAAUUCAUCCAAGACAAUCCGCCCCCGCCUCCCGCCAAGGACGAAAUCACCUCCGAAUUGGAUCCGAAGAAGGCGAAGGCGAAGGCGCCGGAGCUGCCGCUGCUGCUGCCGGGGAUGAUUGCGAUCGUGAAGAGCCCCAAUAAUCCGUUUCAUAUGUAUUGUGGGAUUGUGCAGAGGAUCAGCGAUGGGAAGGCGGGAGUGCUGUUUGAAGGGGGGAAUUGGGAUAAGCUCGUCACCUUCCGGCUUGAUGAGCUCGAGCGCAGAGAUAAGGGACCGCCUAUGGUUAAUCCCAGAUCCGCCAUUCUUGAGCUUGAAGAAGCUACUUGAUGAAUGAUGAUUCUCUUUCGUUUUAACUCCUCUGUAAAAAAUAAAUAAAGAUUAAACCAUGUUUGACCAAA